UCGAGACUAUUGGGCAUUGUCAUCUAGCUACGUUGUUACAAGGGGUAGUAACAUUGCAGCGCUGGUCUUCGGUAGUUGCCGAUGGCGGUCGAAGGGGGAAGAAUGUCUUCCCAUCUGAAGUAUGGUACCGUCGUGUCUCUCGUGGUAGUUCUAUUUGCGUACUGGUACCGAUCGCCUGUUCAAGAUGCACGCUUGGACGAGAGGCUGGACAACGUUUUGUCUUCCUUGCUCAGAGCUGAACGCAAAGCAGACGUCAGUGGUUUUACAAGACCCAGGGUGGCCAUAGGGUUUGGAGGUUGCGUGGACAUCAUAGUGGAUGGCGUGGCACUGCUGAACAAAAUUGGCUUGCAACCUACUGCCCUGCCUCUUCACCACGACUACAUCCAGAAUGCCGAGCAGCUGGCCCAGAGCUUCGCCUACUUCUUCCCCCCGGGAGCUGCCUCAGAGAGGUUUGUGAUGAACAAGACACUUUUCAGUGAACUGGUGGAGGCCUCCCGGGAGUUGCCUGACAACCGCUGGGCCAUCGGCGGAAACGCUCCCGUCAUGGCGGGGCGCAUGGCAGAAGAGGGGUGCGACGUGCUCCUGGGCGGAAACUUCAGCCCAGACUUCACCGACGUCCUCUCCCAGCACAUCACCGUGGUAGGUAAGACAGUGGAGGAGCCAGACAUUCAUCUGAUUCUGGAGUACCCCGUUGGGGCCACCUGGGGCCAGUACACCUCUCGCAGGGCCAACAGGUACAUUGUGCACAGUGACGAUCACAACCCGUACUUGGCAUCCAUGGAGGAGUUUGAGAGUAAGCUGCAGGACUUCAAGCCCGACCUUCUGGUGGUUGGUGGCCUGCAGAUGAUGGACAGCUUCCCUUUCCAACAAGGCGAGCGCGAGGCCCUGCUGCGCCGCCUGGGGGCGCUGCUGUCCUCGGCCGCCCCGGAGACCGGGGUGCACUUCGAGAUGGCCAGCUUCGUGGACCCCGACCUCCUGGCCGACCUGCAGGAGCUGGUGCUCCCCCGGGCCGACUCGCUGGGCAUGAACGAGCAGGAGCUGCCCAACCUGCUGAGCCUGCUCCGCGGCAGCGCGCCCACCGUGCUCUCCGACCCCAACCCCCGCGUGGCCACCGUCCUGGACCAGAUGCGGGAGCUCUACCGCCUGGUGAACGAACGGCACCUCCAGAGCGGAGAGGGCCGGCGGCUCACUCGCCUCCACGUGCACACCCUGGCCUUCCAGGCGCUGGCGGUCGCCCACGGCUCCCGCUGGAAGAACACCAUGUCGGCCACGGCCAAGGCCUCGCUCACCGCCAACCGGCACGUGUGCGGCUCGGCCGACAUCGACCCCGACAAGGCCAAGCUGCUGAUGGACGAGUCGUUCUCCGUGAGCCGCCGCGAGGGCAGCCAGCGGAUUCACCUGCGGGACGAGCGGCCGGUGUCGUGCUGGGACGAGGAAGACUACCAGAUCUGCGUGGCGCCCGUGCUGGUGUGCACGGACGUCCACCAGACCGCCGGGGGAGGGGACAAUAUCUCUGCCGCCGGGCUGGUGCUGCAGAUCUGAGCGCUCCUCCGGAGGGCGCUAAGGGACCACCAAACUCCACACUGCCUGGAUGACCUUAGAGGCCACCUUCUCCCGAUGAAGCGACCAACUAAUGUGAAGAGUGUUUGUUUUAAACUGUGUUUUGUUUGAGUGUUUUUCAGGGAUUCCUUGUGCAAUACAAGAACAGGGUGGCCUAACGCAGUACUGCGCACAAGCCUAUAUUCUCAUUUCCAUUUUUUCCCCUUUUACACCUUGUUUUUUUUCUUUUUUUUGAUCUCCUGAAGUUGUAGGUCUGUCUUUUUCCUGUAUUGUUGUCUUACUCCUGCCGUUUUCAAAUGUUUUUAUUUGAACCCCCAACUACUUCCUCAGAAAUUAAAGGGAUGUAAGCUAUACACUGUACUGAAACAUAUUCAGUUGCUGCAGUGACACUUUUUUCUGUCUCCACAAGAGAUGUGGAAAAAGUGUGUUGUGCCUCAAACAAACAUCACAGUAUUCGAUGGCAACAGGUAAAUGUACCGUUACAACAAUAUACAUUUACUUCUCACCUCUUGCCUCAGAACCCCAUCCAAUGGAAGCUUGCCGCCAGAUAUUUCUGUAGCCACAAUCUUUAUUCUCUCUAUACUCUUUAUUUCCUCGUAGAUUGCUUAAUUCUGGGCCGUAUGUUAUUCUGACCUCUACACAGCAACCUGAUUAUAGCCGAUGGAAACGGUCAGCUCAGAAAAUCUAGUGUGCCUUUUACAGAUGGCCUGGAGCCAUCCCCCGUUUCCAUCUGCAGAACCUUGGCCGGCUAUCAAAAUAAAUCCUGACUUCUAGUAAAGAAAUAGGAAUGCAGGUGAUAGCUAAAAUUGGUUUGGCUUUCACCCCUGAAAGAGGUAUAAGUAUCAUAUAUGGACCGCUGUCACCAAGUCGUCAUUGGGAGGGAAGAAAAUUAAGUUAUUCUAAAAGUCAGUUGGUGCAGAUGUGCAGGGCUUAUAUAGACAAACUGGAACAUUGGCAGAUGGUUAAUAUCAGAUUUUAAAUAGUUGUUUUCAUCAAUUAAAUAAUUUUUAAUUUAUACCAUUAAAAUGUGUCCCUCUUCCCUUCCCUAUGCUUCCCUAGUAUCUACACUAGUUGCUGAUGGCAGGGCAUAUCCCAUCCCAGAGCAUAGAGAGCUAAGGCAGAUGUAUCAUGGAUUGGAAUGGUAAGGGAAAUAUUUGUAACCAUUGUAGGAGCUUUUGUAUACUCCGGAGACUCUGGAAGGGAAAUGACUGGCACUUAAGCAUACACAAGCUAACUGUGAAAAAUAAUUAGUCCCCGAGAUUUUGCCAGUCCUGGCCAGCUUGUAGCCGAUUGUGUUGAUGUGUAGAGGCCUUUUUUGAAAAAGGAUAUGUGUUCUUUUUUUAAUUUGGUCAGUAUGAUUGAUUGCCUCCAUUUUAAUUUAAGCUGGAUUUCCGGAGGUAAACUUUUUGUGCUGAAAUGCAAAAAAAAUGUUGUGGUAAUUGGCAGCCCAAUGAAGUGUUUGUAUUAUAUACAAUUGUAGAGAGGAAAUGCUUUGAUUUUCUAGUGACUGUGGUAAUUCCUGUGGAAAUCCCCGGAAAAUAACACAUUUCUGUAACUGCAAUAUGAAGUGAGAAACGACCAAAUUCAAUAAACUUGUCCAGGGGGGAUGACCAACCUUGUUCCUGAAGUGUUAUGUUACUUGAACUUUUGUUUACAUAACAUAAAGAUCUAUAACAUGCAUUUAAA